AUGAGUGGAACAUCAAGCGUUGGUGGUCGUGGUGUCUACGAAGCUGGGGACCAGCGCAACUCGAAAGACUCGGAGACCAACGUCGCGGACAGGUACCAUGAAGGACAGCCAAACAGCCACAAGGCAAAUGACUCCAAGGAUGAGAGAUCGAUUGCCAACAAGCUAGCUCGAGAGGGAAAGCGUCAAAAUGAGCCAGAGGAGAUCUCCAAGGAGGCUGCUGAGUACAAGAAAGAUCCUACUUUGCCCGCGAAGAACCACGGCAACGAGCCUUCCAAGGGUGCCAAGAUCGAUGCGGAGAUUCAACAAGAGGAGGAAGAGAUGUUGAAGAAGAAGGGUGCUUGGGGUUCCAAGCAGUAG